AUGCUUGGAGAGGACGAGGACGUGUUUGACAGUGUGACCUGGGAAUCUCCCGCGACGCCGUCCCAUGAUGCGGGCACGUCUAUGUCCGCUGGUCGAGGAUACCGGCAAAGCGCAUCCGAUAGUGACGAAGGCCGGGACCCUCAUGCUCCGAAAUGGGAGGGGUACCUCAUUACCAGCGUGAAGGAUCCUGUCAAGGAACUUGCAGAGACAAAGGAUGCUUAUGUCUCGUAUCUCGUCUCUGCGAAGACCAACCUGCCCAUCUUCUCUUCCCCAAACCCCUCCUCUCGGAGGCGGUUCCAAGAUUUCGUGUUUCUACGUGAGCACCUAGCAAGGGACUUUCCGGCAUGUGUAGUGCCGCCUCUUCCUGGCAAGCACAGGCUGGAGUAUGUGACCGGGGACAGGUUCAGUCCGGAGUUUAUGGAACGUCGCCGCCUAGGCCUGCACCGAUUCCUACAACGUCUAUCACGGCACCCACUAUUGCAGCGGAGCAAACUCCUCCGUGCAUUCUUCGAGUCGACAGAAUGGCACGUUAUAAUGCAUCAGCAUGUGGCUCACCCACCAGGGCCCGAUUCUUCAAGCGGUGUCAUUGACAGCAUCUCCGACACGCUCCUCAACGCCUUCUCGCGCGUACGCAAGCCGGACGAGCGAUUCAUGGAGAUGCGUGAAUCGGUUGACAAGUUCGAGGAGGGGAUCUCACAGUCGGAACGGCUUUGGAACCGCGUACGGAAUAGAACGAACGAUGGCGGUGCGGAACCCGGAGAAGACUUAACGGGUGAUUACCAUGACCUCGCUGUUGCGGUACAGGGUCUCGGAUUUCUGGAAACAGGCAUCACGGAUCCAUUGAACCAGUUUUCCGGCACGCUUAUGGAGUUCUCUGCCCUUCUGAGACACACGACACAAGCAACAACCGACCCUUUCCUUAUUCACCUCCAUUCCCUGCUCAGCUACUCCCAUGCGAAUCGUGCUGUGCUGAAGCUCCGAGAUCAGAAGCAGAUGGACUUUGAAGAACUCUCGAACUACCUCUCGAAUCUCACGUCUGAGCGGGACAGACUCGCAGCGGUAGUUCAAGGCCGUGCAGGUAGCACAGGCUUUGGCCUCAGCGCCUAUAUCAAAGACAAGGUGGAUGCUCUCCGAGGCGCAGAUGAUGAUAGGAGUCGGGUGGAGAGGAUGGGGAAGUUGGAUAGCAAAAUCAAAGAGCUGCAAGACGCAGUGACAACGGCACAUGAGACUUCUGACGCAUUCAGUGACGAAGUACUCCGGGAGCAAGUCAUUUUUCAAUAUGCGAAGGAAGCGGAAAUGAAGGAAAUGCUCGGAAACUUUGCGGAUGGCCAAAUUGAAUUCUACAAAGCUGCCAUGGAAGAAUGGGAUCGAAUUAUACCCGUAAUUCAGCACAUACGGGUCGAUGUAUGA